AUGAAGCGAUCAAGAGCAACGGAACUGCAGGAGCUGGUUCACGAUGCGUACCGAUUUAUACGCUACCAUCGAGUUGCAAUCGAGCAGAGCCCUCUCCAGGCGUACGGUUCGGCGAUGAUAUUCAGCCCAACGCGGAGUGAGAUCAAGCAGCUGUUCAAGCACGAGUGGCCUUGUAACAUCACAAUUGCGCCAGAGAUGGGAGAUGACUGGGAUGUGCACACCGGGGCCUGCCUGCAGACGCUGGAGGGCCAUGAUAAGUGGAUCAUGUCAGUGGUGUUCUCCCACGACAGCAGCCGCGUCGCGUCCGGGUCGGGUAACAAGACGAUCAAGAUCUGGGAUACGCACACCGGGGCCUGCCUGCAGACGCUGGAGGGCCAUGGCAACUAUGUCACCUCAGUGGUGUUCUCCCACGACAGCAGCCGCGUCGCGUCCGGGUCGGGUGACAACACGAUCAAGAUCUGGGAUGAGCACACCGGGGCCUGCCUACAGACGCUGGAGGGCCAUAAUAGCUCGGUCAGCUCAGUUGUGUUCUCCCACGACAGCAGCCGCGUCGCGUCCGGGUCGGACGACAAGACGAUCAAGAUCUGGGAUACGCACACCGGGGCCUGCCUGCAAACCCUCACCGUCGGCUCUGCUGUAUACAAUUCGUCUUUCGACACCACCGGUUCUUCUCUUUUCACUGACGUUGGAAUUGUCGCCCUUCGCGACUCGCCGACACCUACCCUUACCACCUCGAAAAACGUUGCGGCUUCAGAACUUCAAUUCCUUCGGGCAAGCCAGUCGUCGGAAAGUCCUGGAUAUCAAGGUUAUGGUAUCAGUUCCGAUAAGUUCUGGAUCACACGGGGUUCACAGAAUUGGCUAUGGCUACCUCCUGCAUAUCGCCCAAUCUGUUCUGUUGUAGGACGGUCUGGAAUAGCCGUGGUGCUUGGCUGCCAGUCUGGACGUGUCUUGAUCUUCGAAUUCGCGCCUAAUGAUCCUAACUGA